AUGUCCUCCGCUUAUAUUGAGCAAGCUGAGAAGGCUGUAAAACUAACCGAGCAGUUAGCCGAAGCCGACCUCUCCACGGAAUGGCCAAACCUUGACUUUGAAAGCGAUGGUGUAAAGAUCUAUUCACGGCAACCGAAAGAGUUUCCAGAAGCGCAAGAAAAAAUGUUGUUCACAAUAGUUCAUAUUGAUGUGAGUUUAAACUGACAUAAUUUCAGCCAAUUGUAUUUCAUUUUAAAAUUACAGGCGCCAAUAGAAAAGGUGUUCAAACUAGUGCAGAUUUAUGGGCCUUACCGACAAAAAUGGGAUGAUUUGUUGGAGCGGCAGGAAGUUGUGGAGACCUUGUCCGAUGACACUUAUAUUGUUCAUAGUUUUGUAAAGAAGAAGUUGAUUCUCUCGGCAAGAGAUGCGGUGGAAGUUUGUCAGGUGAGGAGAUAUUUAGAAAAAAGUAAAAUCUCUACGCUCCCAACUCCUGGACAACAAAACCUGUAUAUAACGAAAAAUUUCAGAGGUCAAAGAGCCAAUUCUAGACGAGCCUAGACAAGAAAAGAACUUCUCUAUAGCAAAAGCUCUCUUUUUCGAAUAUUUCUUUUGUCCUUGGCGAUUUGUUGUACACAGAUUUGACUAUAGUCUUAAAUUUUACCCGUAGAGUGUCCCGUCGUAUUUUACACUGAAAAUAAUCGAGCUUAUACCAUUCUUUUAGAUCAAGCGCCGGCCAGAUGGUGUUAUAAUUCACGCCGUUCAAGGAGUCGACUACCCAGACCGCCCACCCCAAAAGAAUUACGUCCGAACCAAGCAAUUUAUCUCCGGAACUUACUUGAAGCCCUUGGACGGCGAUCGCACAGAGUUCCGGCAUGUUUUGAGUGCUGACUUAAACCUUCCAAUCCCGAGGCUGAUGGCCUCAAUGGUCGCUUCGUUCAAACCGCGGCUGGUUUCCGAUACAAUUGGACUGUUAAAAAAGGCGGCAAAAACUAUGAAAGUUGAGUAA